CGCCCUUCAGUGAGGCUCUGCGGUCUGUGAACUUCACUGACCGCAAAACAAGCGAGUUACUCCCUCACCGCGACGAGCCUCACCGCGCUUGGAUUUUACAAAAGUGGGAGACUGUACAAUCCUCAGCAGUGUUCUGAGACUGUACAGUCGCUUUUGCCUUAGUGGACUUUACAGCAAUUUCACGUUCAGCUGUGCGUCGUUCACUUUAACGCGUGUUUGCGGUGGUUUGGUGCGUGUCUUUGCACGGAGAGCUGGUCCUGUUGCACUGCGGGAAUUACGCGAGAACGGCGCGAUGACAGCUGAGAAAGAGAAGAAGAGGUGCAGCUCAGAGCGGCGUAAGGAGAAAUCUCGUGAUGCCGCGCGCUGCAGACGGAGUAAAGAGACAGAGGUGUUUUAUGAACUGGCUCAUCAUCUUCCCCUUCCACACAGCAUCAGCUCACAUUUGGAUAAAGCGUCCAUCAUGAGACUGGCUAUCAGCUUCCUGCGGACACGCAAACUCGUCAACUCAGGCUACAAUACUCCCACUGAAAUGACAGAUGCAGACAGACUCAUGGACAGUUGGUAUCUGAAGUCACUCGGUGGCUUUAUUACAGUGGUAACAUCAGAUGGAGACAUGAUCUUCUUAUCGGAGAACAUCAACAAAUUCAUGGGUCUCACUCAGGUGGAGCUAACAGGACACAGCAUCUUCGACUUCACUCAUCCCUGUGACCAUGAAGAGAUCCGCGAGAACCUCAGCCUCAAAGCCGGCAUUGGAAAGAAAGGCAAGGAGUUGAGCACAGAGAGGGAUUUCUUCAUGAGAAUGAAAUGCACAGUCACGAAUCGAGGGCGCACCGUCAAUCUUAAGUCAGCCAGCUGGAAGGUUCUACACUGCACGGGUCAUCUAAAGGUGUGUAACGGCUGCCCAGCACGAGUUCUGUGUGGUUUUAAGGAGCCGCCGCUCACUUGUGUGGUCAUGAUGUGCGAACCUAUUGUCCAUCCAUCAAACAUCGACACACCGCUCGACAGCAAGACAUUUCUGAGUCGCCACAGCAUGGACAUGAAGUAUACUUACUGUGAUGAAAGGGUUACAGAGUUGAUGGGCUACAAUCCUGAAGAUCUUCUCGGACGAUCUGCGUAUGAGUUCUACCAUGCUCUGGAUGCUGAAAAUGUCACCAAAAGCCACCAGAACCUGUGCACUAAAGGCCAGGCAGUGAGUGGUCAGUACAGGAUGUUGGCCAAGAAUGGGGGCUAUGUGUGGGUGGAGACCCGGGGUACCGUCAUCUACAACAGCCGCAACUCCCAGCCCCAGUGCAUUGUGUGCGUGAACUACGUGCUGAGUGACGUUGAGGAGAAAUCCUUGAUCUUUUCCAUGGACCAGACUGAGUCUCUGUUCAAGCCUCACAAGUUGAAUGGUUUCUUCAGUCCAAAAGAAGCCCUGGGCAGCGAUCCAGCUGAUUUGCUCUUCACCAAACUGAAAGAGGAGCCUGAAGAUCUCACGCAGCUGGCACCUACACCUGGGGACACCAUCAUCUCUCUUGACUUUGGUCAGUCUCAGUAUGAGGAGCACACAGUGUACAACAAAGUAUCUUCAGUUGCACAGACUGUCUCUCACCCUGUUCAUGAUGGCCACAGGACAAGCUACUCUGGAGAAAUGGCCAAGAUGGCCGCCACUUUCUCUGUGCCUCAAUCUGCACCUCCAAGUAGUGCAACUCCCAGCCUAAGCAGCUGCUCUACGCCCAGCAGCCCAGAUGAUUACUACACCCCUGUAGACAGUGACCUAAAGGUUGAAUUGACAGAGAAACUGUUUUCCUUGGACACGCAAGAGGCAAAGACUUCCCGCAACCAAGAGACUGACUUGAGUGAUCUGGACUUGGAGACACUGGCUCCCUAUAUCCCCAUGGAUGGUGAGGAUUUCCAGCUCAAUCCCAUCUGUCCGGAAGAGCCGCCAUCUGAGAUUGGAACCCUGGGAACCAACCAGCAGUGCUUCAGCAACAUCACAAGCCUCUUCCAACCCUUGAGUUCACCUUCAGCAGCUCAUUACCAGCCCAAAAUGAGUUCAGGAGGGGACAAGCAGAACAUCAAUGGAGGCUCUGUGGAGUCAUGGCCACCUGUUCCUUACAGCAGGGAUCCCAUGCAGAUGCCUCCAUACCAUGAUCCCGCCAGCACACCGCUGUCCUCAAUGGGAGGGCGUCAGAAUCUCCAAUGGCCGCCCGACCCUCCUUUACCCAGCAAGGCUGGAAUGAUGGAUCCUUUAGCUGCAAAGCGCUCUUGCCAAGGCAUGCCAGCAAAUCGAAUGGCACCUUUUAUGCAAAGGCCUAUGGAGAACUUUGUGCAGAACUACAGAGAUACAAGUCCAGCUCGACUUGCUCUUGCUAACAGUUUCAAACGCUCAUUCUCACAGAUGGCCAUGGCAGAGACACCACCUACUAAGUCUCAACAGACAGUGUGGAAGAAACUUCGGCAUGAGAGCUGUGCAGUCAUGGAAAGGAAAUCACUCAGCAGUAGCGCAUUGUCAGAUAAAAGCAUGGCCCAUAAUGGAGGCAUGGACCACCAGCACAGGAAGAGCCAGUACUCGGGUAAUCAGAACGGACAACCGACAAAACACUACCGAGAACAGUUCUGUAACUACAGAGAGUUCAACAUGCAGCCUUCCUCCAAAAUGGAUGGAAUCGCGAGCCGUCUUAUCGGGCCCUCCUUCGAGACCUACUCACUGCCUGAACUGACGCGUUACGACUGCGAGGUCAAUGUCCCGUUGCAAGGCAAUCUUCAUUUGCUGCAGGGCAGUGACCUCCUAAGAGCAUUAGACCAGGCGACUUAGACCGUUUUCUACACUAGCACACAGAAAUGCAGUCCGGCUUUACUGACCCGUUCAUUCAUCUCACUGUCACCAACCUGACGAUAACUAUCCCAGCUUUAACACACUUCUAGGCAGGCUUGUGUAUAAACCCGCUCACGGUCGCAUCACAGUCAUGACUGCAUGACAAAUGUAGCUUUGAUUUUAUCUGUAUUGUCUACAUCUUCAUAAAUUAUAUACAUGUACUAUUUUUUUAGUUGCAAGUAAGUUGAUGAACUUAAGUAUUUUUGGAGGAGUUUAAAUGUUGCGUUGUCGUUUUUGGCCGGCUGUCUCUCUGCUUGACGGAUAAUUUUGCUGAAACUGUUUUCAACAUGUUCUACUCUAGUCGGUUUCUCUAUCAACAUCAGACAAAAAAA